GGCGAUUUCCUGCAGUCGUCCGACGAACGUUGGCGCACUUGGCGGUUCUCGUCCGACUAGAAAGCGCAGAAGGAAAAUGUUCGCCAGUGCCAGUACCCUGGGAAAAGCUGUGCGGUUCGAGGAGGCAUAUUGAAACAAAAGCAAAGCAAAGUGGACAAACCGAACUAAAAGUUGAAGUUUAUCUAGGCAACGCAGGAGAAACCUGUGCAAAGUGAGAGAGAGAAACAGAACAAACAGUGUCAUCAUUCGAACUAGUGAACAAAUUGUGAGAAAUUCCCAGAUCAGAUACAAAAUAAAAGUGCAAAAUGUUGAAGCUAUUCAAAAAAUCCAAAGACAAAAUACCCAAAUCGGAAAUAAUAUCCGAGCCAAAAGAGCCGAAAACGCCGCCCGUCUCCAAAUGCGGCAAGCCCUUGCAGCUGGACAACUCGCGCUGGGAGCGCCGGCUGCACAAAGAGCUGAUGUCCCUGAUCAAGGAGCCACCACCGGGUGUUACCGUCGACACCGAAAGCGUACAGCAGAAUUUAUCCGAAUGGAAAUUAAACAUUAAAGGUUUCGAGGGCACCCUUUACGAGGGCGAGGACUUCCAGUUGCUGUUCAAGUUUAACAAUAAAUAUCCCUUUGAUUCGCCUGAGGUGACCUUCAUUGGCAACAAUAUACCCGUGCAUCCACAUGUCUACAGCAAUGGACACAUCUGCCUGUCCAUUCUGACAGAGGACUGGUCACCGGCGCUGUCGGUGCAAUCGGUGUGCCUUAGCAUAGCUUCCAUGUUGAGCAGCUGUCGCGAAAAGAAACGUCCUCCAGACAACGCGCUAUACGUUAAGACCUGCAAUAAAAAUCCCAAAAAGACUAAAUGGUGGUACCACGAUGACUCUGUUUAGUUAAAGUUGCAAUUUAUUACUACUGCCUGCUGCUGAUGUUUGCUUCACGCAUUCAGAAACAACAAAGAACACACAUCAACAGCAAUGAAUGCCAACACAGAAAUUCAGCAAUACAGAAAUACAGAAAUAGACACACAGCCAAAUCGACCCCAGGCAUUCGCACUGCUCGAGCAGGGGGCAUCCACAUGAACCAUAUACCAUCCAACAACUGCGCCAAGUCACUGAUUUGCUUAAGCUGUAGCUCACCCAUGUGCACUCGGAUGUGACUAUAAAGUCCGGCAGAUCAACAAUAAGAAACCUAUCAGUAGUGAAUGGCAAACAAUAAAUGUGCCGGCGGGCCCUGGUCGUUGUGAGCGUCAAACCAACAUAAUUCUAGCUAUCUAUAAUCAACGAAAGGCGUGUGCAAAACCCUAUUACUAAAUGUUAACAUUUUAAAUUAGAUUAUUAAGACCAAAUUUACGUCUAAAUUAAAUGUUAUGCUAUCAUCUAA